AUGUUUCGAUCUAAAAAAAGUUUAACAGUUCCAAUUAGAACUAAAGAUAAAAGUACACUUUUGGCUCCAUGUAUUAAUUGUGAAGAAUUUAUACCUUUUGAUAAAAUAGAUUUACAUGCCCAAAUUUGUACUUAAGUUUCUAACAAAGUUCUUAAGUAUGCUCAAUCAACUUCAUUAUUUGAAGAGAAUGAUUUCAAAUUAAGCAAAUUAAAAACUAAUUUACAAAAAAAAACUUAUUAACAUACUCAAAGAUUAUGUCGAAUAUGUGAAUUAGUUUCUUAAAUCAAUACAAUUGGAUGUGUAGAAGAAGCAUCCUUAAAAGAGUUUGAAAAAGAGUUACUCAUCUUAAGUUAGGAACCUACUCAAUCUAUAAAUUAAUCUUUAUAUAUUGAAAGAUUACAUUCACUUGUUUUGUAAAGGAUGAGUAUUAUUCAAAAUUAAUUAAACCUUAAGGCCAUCAGACCUACAUAAUCAUAAUAGAAUUUCUAUCCUCUAUAAAAUACUACUUUUGUUUCCAAAAAUUCCAAAAAUUCAACAGGUUCAACCCAAACGACUAGUAAUAACAACUUAUAAAAUUUAAUUCAAAAUUAAUAAGAAUCAUCUGAUAAAUUAAAUCGUUUCAACAAACUUAAUUAUUGUUAAUCACCAGAUCCUAGAAUGACUUACAUAACUAAAUUUUCUCAAAAUACUCCUAUCUCUUAAUAUGGAUUAACUUAAUAACAAUAAAAAAGUGAAAUUUUAACCCAUAUUAGUGAAUAAUAUCCUGAAAGUAUUGAUGAGUAAUCUAAUCCAAAAACAUUUGCUUAAAGAUGUUUCUAUUCAAAAGUUUUGAAUCUUAAAUUAACUUAUCCUUAAUCUAAUCCUGCUUAAAAAAUUCCUGUUUCAGUUUUAUGGAAAUAAGCUGAAAAGAACAAAGUUAAACCAGAAAAUUGGGAAAUAUUUAUUAAAGAAUGUCUAGAUAAACCAUUUCAAUAUUUAGAUCCUCAAAAAAUGAAUUCUCAAUUUAUUAAUUCCUCACAGAGAAAAUUCAAAAAAUAAUUAUGA